CAGGACACUAACCCAGAAAAGAAGACACACCUUCAGAAACACCACAGGUGAAUUGUCUGUUUUUCCGUGUUCAGACAAGGUUCCAAGGCACUUGAAAGAUUUCUGAACUAAUCAACCUUAGGACUAGUGACAGUAGUGGCAGCUGAGAAUAAGAAUGGGGAAGCUGCAAGAAUUCUCCAUCCAGUUUGCCAACAACAUGGACGUGUUCAUGCCAGGACAGUGGGUGACUGGACAGGUGGUCGUUGACCUGAGUGAUGAGAUGAAGAUGAGAGCUAUCGAACUGACGUUUAAGGGCAAAGGUCAUGUAGAGUGGCGGGAAAAUCAGCAGGUUCAAGACGGAGGUGAACCCGAGCAGGAGGAGGUGCGGUACUGGGCUGACGAGGAAUUCUUGGACAGGGAGAUCACAGUUUUGGGAAAAGAUGAGUCCGGUGACAACCGCACGCUCGACGCCGGCCACCAUGUUUUCCCGUUCCAAUACCAGCUGCCGCAAGAUGGGCUUCCCACCUCAUUCGAAGGGGCUCAUGGCUACAUCCGCUACUCCGUGAUAGGAAAAAUUGACAAGCCGUGGAAGUUUGAUCACAAAACCAAGAGGGCCUUCACUGUUCUGGAUAUGGUGGAUCUGAACCAACAACCCACUGCUAUGACCCCACUAAGAGGACAGGAGUCCAAGACCCUGUGCUGUCUGUGCUGUGCUUCAGGACCCAUUGAGCUGCAAGUCAUGGCAGAGCGCUCCGCUUACUGUCCAGGAGAACUCAUCAACAUCAAGGGUUCACUGGAGAACAACUCAAGUUCCAGAAUCACCAAGGUCAAAGCCAGGCUGAAGCAGGAGGUUGUGUACAAUGCUGACCACCCAGAGCACAAGCCCCGUCCCAUUACCAAAGACCUGGGUACAGCGGAGGAGGGGGGGUGUGAGGAGGGGGGGACUGUAGACCUUAACCUGACCCUGCCUGUCCCCGCCGUGCCUCCAUCCAACCUACGCUACUGUAGCCUCAUCAAUCUCACAUACAAACUGGAUGUCAGUGCACAUUUUGAUGGAGCCCACACCAGUAUGGAGCUGAGUUUUCCUAUCCUGAUCGGUUCCAUCCCCCUACGGAGCAUCUACCCCACCCCUCCAGCCUUCCCCCCACCCCCAGUCCCCCCUGGGUUUGACGCAGCAUACCCUCCCCCUAACCCUGGUGCAUACCCCCCACCCAACCCUGGCGCCUACCCUCCCCCUAACCCUGGUGGUUCGUACCCCCCCGGCGGUCCUGAUGCUGUGUACCCCCCACCGGCGCCUGCCUCAUACAUGCAGAGUGUGUUUGGAGAAAGCAACAUCAGGGAUGAUGAUGAUAAUGAGUACAUCAGGGGGACCCUGAACUACGCACCCAAGUAUCCCUACUACAACUGGAGCCAACACCCACAGAUCUAGGCAUGGCUUUCUAAGGCCACACCAAUUUAAUUUGUUGGUUUUCAGAUUCACCUCUUCAUUUUUUUCUGAUUGGAAAAAAAAAAGAUUCUGGUUCUGAAUCAAGUAAAAAUGCUCAUAUUUUGCCCCCAACAGUUGAGGAUAGUCCUUUUCUUCCUACUUCCUACAGCUUUGCCAUCUACAUCUCAAUGCAGUGGUUUAAUUCAAAAUUCAUUGUUAAAAUAUUAACCCAGCCUUCUGUGCUGACUUCAUGGCUUCUACAAUGUAUUGUAGCAUUUGUGGCUAUGUAAGGAUGCAUAGACCUGUUUUUUUUUUUUCUGC